UACUUUUUUGAACAUUUGUGGAAAGCUGGUGAACAUAACAUUAAAAUAUUUUUUUAAUUUUUAAAUAUUUUGGAUUAAAUUUAAAAUGAACAAACAAAUGGUCACCCGAUUUUGUUUCAUCUUUUUCCUACUCGGAUUUCUACAAAAUCCGGGAUAUUCAGUUGCCGAAAACAGUCUCUGUUUAGCGACAUGCUUCAAGUCCGGGAAGCUUAUACACGAAUAUAUAUCCGAUUUAAAAGAAGAAAUCAGAGCGAAAAAUGUUGAACUUCGAAAAGCUCAAGACUAUGCGAAGGAUAAUUUAAUUGAUAGGUUGCGUACAGAAAAUGAAGACUUGAGAAGAAUUCUCUGGGAAUUUUCGCAGCAACGGAAUACAAUUUCAAGAGUCGAAAGUAAUAUGAUUGAUUUUAUGAUCAUGCAGAAGAAUGCGAUCCAAGAAGGGAAACUUAAGGCUGCCAAGAAUCAGAAAGAUUUAAAAAAAGAAAUGGAAGAAUUGCGUAAAAUAGCCUUAAAUGUUAAAUAUCAAGUGGAUAAGAAACCAACACCUAAAAUUAAAAUAAAGAUUAACAAUCAAAAUCAAAUGGAGAGGAAACCCAGAUCUCAAUCUGAAAUCGAGAUGAAUUUAAAAAAAGAAAUUGAAAAUUUGAAAAAGAAUUUAGAAAAGGAAAAGGCGAAUGGAAAUAAAACUUUGAAAACUGUUACAUCGAAAAAGAAAGAGUAAAUGGAAUUUGUGUUAUCCAAUUAAAAGUGUAACUAUGCGUAAUUAAUAAUUAAUAAUAAUUCAUUAUUGUUAUUAUCAUUUGUAUAAUUAUAUUUUUGUACGUUAUAUUAUAAAAGUAAAGUCACUGAAAUCAACAAUCGA